AUGGCCUCCUUUAAAUUAGCUACCGAUUUACCAGAAUGGAAAAAAUUAGAAGAAACCUAUAAAUCCGUCGGUGAGAAAUUCAGCGUCAGAGAUGCAUUUGCCAAAGACCCAAAAAGAUUUGAAGAAUUCUCCUGGAUCUACAAAAACUACGAUGAUUCUAAGAUCUUGUUUGAUUUCUCCAAAAACUUGGUUAACAAAGAAAUCUUUGAUCAAUUGGUCACUUUGGCUAAAGAAGCCGGCGUUGAAAAAUUGAGAGACGCCAUGUUUGCUGGUGAGCACAUCAACACCACUGAAGACAGAGCUGUUUACCACGUUGCUUUGAGAAACCGUGCCUUGAGAAAAAUGCCAGUUGAUGGAAAAGAUACUGCUCAAGAAGUUGAUGAUGUCUUGAAGCACAUGAAAGAAUUCAGUGACUCAAUUAGAGAUGGUUCUUGGACCGGUUACACUGGUAAAUCCAUUACUGAUGUUGUCAACAUUGGUAUUGGUGGUUCCGAUUUAGGUCCAGUUAUGGUUACUGAAGCUUUGAAAGCUUACAGUAAACCAGGUUUGAAUGUCCACUUUAUUUCCAACAUUGAUGGUACUCACACUGCUGAAACUUUAAAGAAUUUGAAUCCAGAAACUACUUUGUUUUUGAUUGCUUCUAAAACUUUCACCACCGCUGAAACCAUCACUAAUGCCACUUCAGCUAAAAACUGGUUCUUAGCUGCUGCUAAAGAUCCUAAACACAUUGCUAAACAUUUCGCUGCUUUAUCUACCAACGAAAAGGAAGUAGUUGCCUUUGGUAUUGAUGCCAAAAAUAUGUUUGGUUUUGAAAGUUGGGUUGGUGGCCGUUACUCAGUUUGGUCUGCCAUUGGUUUGUCAGUCGCCAUUUACAUUGGUUUCGAAAACUUUAAUGAUUUCUUGAAAGGUGCUGAAGCCAUGGAUCAACACUUUUUAACUACUCCAUUAGAAAAUAACAUUCCAGUUAUUGGAGGUUUAUUGUCUGUUUGGUACAACAACUUCUUUGGUGCUCAAACCCAUUUGGUUGUUCCAUUCGAUCAAUACUUGCACAGAUUCCCUGCUUACUUGCAACAAUUGUCUAUGGAAUCCAAUGGUAAAUCCGUUACCAGAGCCAAUGUUUUCACCAACUAUCAAACUGGCACUAUUUUGUUUGGUGAACCAGCUACCAACGCUCAACACUCAUUCUUCCAAUUAGUCCAUCAAGGUACUAAAUUGAUUCCAGCUGAUUUCAUUUUGGCUGCUCAAUCCCACAACCCAAUUGAAAAGAACUUGCACCAAAGAAUGUUGGCCUCCAAUUUCUUUGCUCAAUCUGAAGCUUUAAUGGUUGGUAAAGAUGAAGCUAAAGUUAAAGCAGAAGGUGCCACUGGUGGCUUAGUUCCUCACAAGGAAUUCUCUGGUAACAGACCAACCACUUCUAUUUUGGCUCAAAAAAUCACCCCAGCUGCUUUGGGUUCUUUGAUUGCGUACUACGAACAUGUUACUUUCACUGAAGGUGCUAUUUGGAACAUCAACUCUUUUGAUCAAUGGGGUGUUGAAUUGGGUAAAGUAUUGGCUAAGGUCAUUGGCAAAGAAUUGGAUGACAAGAAAGCCGUUGCCACCCAUGAUGCUUCUACAAAUGGUUUGAUUAACCAAUUCAAAGAAUGGGAAGAUUAA